AUGCGUGAUGAGGCUGUGAAUCCCGCUGGCCAUGCCGCGGUGGAGACGUCCGAGGCCUCGAAUCCGUUGUCACAGGUGCCGUCGAAUGUACACAGCAUCACGUCGACCAAGGGCCCCGCGUCACGAUCAUGGCUCAGCGGUGUACGCCGGCCACGCACUUCGCCAGGACCUCGCGCUUUCUCCUUGAAGCGCACGCUACUGAGUGCAGACGACGACCGCAGAGACUCGGCCUUAGCACCGCCAAAUGGCACUACCAGCAACGAGCCACCUUCACCGAGUAGCCUGCGCAAGACCCCCAGUCUGCCUGCUAUUGUUGUGCAGGAUGAACGCGCCUCAGGCACCAAGAGUCAGGCGUCACAGCGGCAGUCACUCUACGCCGGCGCAACGUGCGAAGACGACGCCAACUUCUCCGGUAUAGACACGUACAUCCCUACUGGCAGCUUCGACGACCUCUCCUCGGACGCGCAGAUAUCCUUUUCGAAACGGGGCAGCAUGAUGUUGGGCGGCAAAAAGGCAAACAGGCGGAGUAAACAGAUGGACCUCCUGGUGGAAGGCGCGCCUGCACCGAGCACACCACCGCGACAAAAGGAGCAGGCGCAACCCGACGACUCACCCAAACCCGACCCCUCACCACCCGCUCCCGCCGCAACACACCUCUCACCGCGAUCCACCUCACGCUACUCGACGCGAACUCGAUCGGCCAGCCAUCGGGUACUGUCGACCGACGAGAUGACAAUGUCGCGCAAGGUCCGCUGCAUGUACAUGCAUGGCAAUGAGAGUGCUGUUAAUUGGGAUACACCUGAAGGAGAGACGAGCAGUGUCCAGAACAGCUACUUGGGCAACAGCGGCGUUACCAACACUCCGGCUAAUGGCUCGUCGGUGGCCGCGGCGGAGGGCAACGAGGACACAAGUUCGCUGAUGAGCUCACGGCACGGAAGCGUCAUUGUCAAAGAGCCUACAGAGGCAGCUGGUGGACUCGAAGACUGGGCGGAUCUUGAGGGCGGAGAAGUCGACCGCUAUGGCUUCAUCAUACCCAAGAAGACCAAAUCGAAAUCCAACGGCGAUGGCCCCGACGGCCCCGACGAACCUCGCAUGCACCGGGUCACAACAACACUACAACUGUUAUCUGAGGAGCCCAGGCGGCGGCGCCUAGGUCGGAGCGCAUCAAGAGCACGCUCCGUAGACCCACGCACAGGCUCACCCAAGCGGCGACUUUCUGGCAAGUCCUCUAGGCCCGCCAGAUCCAUCUUUUCGGGUCGGACGUCAGACUCGCACAGCAACCACAAACCCCUACGACACGCGACGAACAGGCUACCUCACAACCGAGACCGCAGACUAAGAGACGAGGCGAGCGAUAUGCUCAAGCUGCCCCCGGGUUUGGCUGAGGUUGCGGAACAGGAAGAAGGAGGAAGAGCUGCCCAGGCGAUGAAAGCAAAGGAAAUCGAGCGCAACGAGAAAUGGCGUAGAAUGGCCAAGGUUGUCAAAGCGGGGGCAGAUAAAGGGGGAAUGCUAUUCGAGUUCGAUACCAAAGACCCCAAAGUUAUAUCUCGCACCUGGAAGGGCAUCCCGGACCGCUGGAGGGCGACUGCAUGGUAUUCGUUUCUCGCUGCUAGCGCCAAAGCCGACGCGAACAGUCCGACGGAAGAGGAGCUGAUCGAAAGUUUCUAUGAGCUGCAACUGGAAAGUUCUGCAGAGGACGUGCAGAUCGAUGUAGACGUGCCGCGCACUAUCAACAGACAUAUCAUGUUCAGGCGGCGAUACCGUGGAGGACAGAGACUACUGUUCCGCGUGCUCCAUGCAAUGUCACUUUACCUCCCCGAGACGGGCUACGUCCAAGGCAUGGCGGCACUUACCGCAACGCUUCUUUGCUAUUACGAGGAGGAUAGAGCCUUCGUCAUGCUAGUGCGGCUGUGGCAGCUCCGAGGCAUGGAGAGGCUUUAUGAAGCCGGUUUUGAAGGGCUCAUGGACGCUCUAGACGACUUUGAGUCGAAUUGGCUGCAGGGCGACGAUGUCGCGAAGAAGCUAAUUGACCUUGGCAUUACCUCCACCGCGUACGGUACCCGUUGGUAUCUGACCCUGUUCAACUAUUCGUUACCUUUCCCAGCUCAGCUACGCGUCUGGGACGUGUUUAUGCUACUGGGCGACAAGUCUCAUUCCAACUCGCCUAACUCCAAAUUCAGUGGAGACAUGGAUGUGCUACACGCGACCUCGGCUGCGCUCAUUGAUGCGACAAGAGAGAUAUUGCUUGACUCUGACUUUGAGAAUGCGAUGAAGGUGUUGACAUCUUGGAUUCCCAUCAAAGACGAAGAGCUGUUGAUGCGCGUAGCGAAGGCUGAAUACAAGAUGCGCAAGAAGCGAGCCAAUGCCUAA